GCCAUACAGUUUCGAAAAACACAACACAGGCCAUCACUAAUUUCACGCACACAUUCCCAUCUCUAGUUUCUUUACGUUAAUAAAUUUUGGGGAAAAAAAUCCAGAAUUUAUAUUUGCCGUGAUUAAACUAAACCACCCGGAUACAUAUGCAAAGGCCAGUCAGCGGCAAUAGUUGUUGUUGCUGGUGCUGCCCCGUCGCCGUGCGAUCGAUCGCUGGGUCUUGGAUGCCAGUGUAUGUGUGGUGGCGUGCUCUGGCGGCCCCAACUAAAUAAUGUGGAACAUGAUGUGCGACGUAAUGCCCACAAUUUCGGAGGACAGCAUCUCGCAGCGGUCCUCGCAGUUCAGCGGCGAGGAUGCCAAUUUCGAGCAGCUUAUGGUGUCCAUGCUGGACGAGCGGGAUAAGCUGAUGGACAGCUUGCGGGAGGCGCAGGAACGGCUUGGUGAGACGGAGUCCAAGUUGCACGACGUUGAGAAGGAGCGGGAUAGCUUGCAGCGCCAGAUAAACGCCAACCUCCCGCAGGAGUUUGCUACACUCACCAAGGAGCUAACUCAAGCCCGUGAGACUCUACUGGAGCGAGAUGAGGAAAUUGGCGAGUUAAAAGCUGAGCGGAAUAAUACUAGGUUACUUUUAGAGCAUUUGGAGUGCUUGGUGUCCCGCCAUGAACGCUCGUUGCGAAUGACCGUGGUUAAGCGACAGGCUGCGGCCCAAAGCGGGGUCUCCAGCGAGGUGGAAGUAUUGAAAGCCCUCAAAUCUCUGUUCGAGCACCACAAGGCCCUAGACGAGAAGGUCCGUGAGCGUCUGCGUCUCUCCAUUGAGAAGAACAAUGUUAUGGAAGAAGAGCUAAAUGGCGCCAAGGAGGAGCUGGCUCAAUACAAGGCGGGUGUUUUGCCACUGGGUGUGGGAAGUACCACAGGAGCGGGAAGUGCUCCAACUGCGGCCGGAGGCACUGAAAACGGGCUCAAAGAGAAGAUGGCCGGCGUGAGCGGAGGCGGUGGCGUCAACGGCGAUGCGAAUGAACUGAACGAUUACGCAGCCAAGACCCAUGAGCUGCAGACGAUCAUAGAGAAACAGACCGCUGAACUCUCGCAAUGGCAGCGUCGUGUCUCGGAUCUAAAUAACAAAAUCAGCGAACUAGAGGAGAAUAUGUCGCGGGUUCAAAAAGAUCACUGCAAGGCCCAAGACACAUGCUCUAAAUUGCAGCGAGACCUGCGCGAAAAUGUGGCCCAAAAAGAAGAUCAAGAGGAGCGCAUUGCUACGCUGGAGAAACGCUAUUUGAAUGCUCAAAGGGAGUCUACCUCGCUGCAUGAUUUAAACGAGAAACUGGAACAAGAGCUACGACACAAAGAAGCUCAACUUAAGCUGCAUGAGGAGAAGAUCGGGGCCAUCGAGGAGAAGCUGGAGCUAUCCGAGCAGAAGCUUGCCCAGCACGCCAAACUUCAGCCGGACAUGGAGGAGCAGCUGAAGGCGCGCAUGGAGGCAUUGACAAAGGUAGGAAACAAGGCUCAAGAAAGACACGGUUCUGCCGAGGAUCGUAUCCGGGGACUUGAAACUAACCUGGACGAAAAGACUGCUGAGGUGGUAAGACUGAACCAGCGUCUCAAAAUGAACGAAGAGCACAACCUUCGCCUGUCCUCCACUGUGGACAAGCUACUCUCAGAGUCAAACGAGCGAUUGCAGGUGCAUUUAAAGGAGCGCAUGCACGCGUUAGACGAAAAGAACGCACUUACUCAGGAGCUGGAGAAGGCGCGUAAAGUAGCGGAGGAACUGCACCAUGAGAAGAGUGAAAUAAUGAAGGAGCUGUCAAAGACGCGUCUGGAGAUAGAGAACUUCAAGCGCCAGCUGUUACAGCAGGAGAUUGCCUAUAAUAUUCAACAGACUGAGGCACUCACCCGUAGCCUCUCGCCCAGCAGUGUAAUAGAUCCCAGCGGCGCGUUCUCUCGGAGUGCUUCGCACGCCAGCUUUGAGACGCACUCGCUGCGUCGCCAAAAUAAGCAGCGGCUCUCUGAAGAAAACGCCAUAGCCCGCUCCAUGGCAGAGCAGGAGUGGGAAAAACUACAGCAGGCAGCACACGCCCAGCAACAGGCAUACGAGUUGGUAGCGGCUGCCGCCGACUGCGACGACUCCGAUGCCUUGUAUGCAGCGGCCACGGCUGAUAUGAUGUCCCCAUCGGGCCAUACGGACGCCCAGACGCUUGCCAUGAUGCUGCAGGAGCAGUUGGAUGCCAUUAAUAAUGAGAUACGCUUAAUUCAGGAAGAGAAGCAGUCUACAGAAGCGAGGGCUGAGGAGCUAGAAUCACGGGUGGGCAGUCUGGAGCACGUCAAUCUGUUGGCCAGGGGCCGUUCUAUAGAUAGGCAGAGUCCUCCAAUGAGUGGCCGCAGUACGCCCAAUAGUCCGCAAAGGGAUUUUAUGCAGAAGUACCACACGCUCAACUUGCCAGUAAUGUCUAGUGAUGCUUCGAGAGAGGAGCUUCACGGAGGUAUGUCUACUACCGGAGACUCGAGCUCGGGGGGGGCGGCGUCACCCCUGACUGCCCGUUCUAUGCGCUUGGAGCGCGUGGCUCAGGCUCUAGCCCACAGUCAAGAAGAACUGCGACGGCGCUCUAUCGGAUUAAAUCCCAAUGCCCCUAAUCAAAUGCCGCCCAACCACAGCGGCGGUCAUAUGCCGAUGAGCAGCCAUAGCUAUGGCCUUUCGCCGCUUAGCUCGCGUUACGGUAGUCAGGAGUCACUGCGUCAUUAUAAUACCAUGGGCUCAAUGUCCAUGCUACAGACGCCAACCUCGGGAGUUUCACGCGAUGCGGCCGCGGCAGCUGUCCAAAAGAAGAGGGGCAUUAAGUCGUCACUGGGGCGAUUCUUCAGCAAAAAGGAAAAAGUUAAGGGCGUAAAAGACACACUACCCGACGGUUCGCCUAGCAUGAUGUCCAUUGGCAACUUGUCAAUUGGUUUAAGUGAGGUUGACUCUAACUACGAUGCCAUGAGCAUGACCGGCGGUAUGAUGCCGCGCAUUGCCAGUUCUCAGGGAUCCAAAAUAAGCAGCGUGGACUAUGGCCGACAGAAGAAAGAGCACGAUUACCGCAACGAUUUGUUGGGCGAAGCCAUGAAGGCUGGUACUCCCUUUGCUCUCUGGAAUGGCCCCACAAUUGUGGCCUGGCUAGAGCUGUGGGUUGGAAUGCCAGCUUGGUAUGUAGCCGCCUGCCGUGCAAACGUCAAGUCAGGAGCCAUUAUGAGUGCGCUUAGCGAUACGGAAAUUCAGCGGGAGAUUGGAAUUAGCAAUCCACUGCAUAGGCUCAAAUUGCGUUUAGCCAUACAGGAGAUGGUGUCACUCACUUCUCCCUCAGCGCCACAAACCUCUCGUACCACACUGGCGUUUGGCGACAUGAACCAUGAAUGGAUUGGCAACUACUGGUUACCCGGCCUUGGCCUGCCGCAAUAUCGCACAACCUUUAUGGAGUGUUUGGUGGACGCGCGUAUGUUGGACCACCUUACCAAGAAGGACCUUCGGGGUCAGCUCAAAAUGGUGGACAGUUUUCAUCGCACUAGCCUGCAGUUUGGCAUAUCUAUGCUCAAGCGUCUUAACUAUGAUCGCACGGAGUUGGAGCAUAGGCGUAAAAUGAGUGAAAACGGAUUAUGCGAUGUGCUCGUUUGGAGCAAUGAACGGGUUAUUCGAUGGGUGGGAAGCAUCGGACUUAAGGAAUACGCCAACAACUUGCUGGAAUCUGGGGUACAUGGGGCUCUGAUGGCUCUGGACGAAGGCUUCGACUCCAAUGCCAUGGGUUUGGCUCUUCAAAUACCCACACAAAAUGCUCAGGCUCGCCAAAUACUCGACACAGAGUUCAAUAACCUGCUGCAAAUCGCCACAGAUCGCAGGCCGGAGAACGAGCAGCGUAGUGCUUCCUGAUGCAGCUAUAGUCCUCCCACUACGCCAGUGGAUGAGUGAAACGUAGAAACAUGAUAAGGAGGAUCGACGACAUAAGCAACCUAAAACAAUAAGACCGAAAAGACCAGGGGCAAAGUUUCCUAAGCCGCAACUAAAGAAAAAGAGAUAAAAGCUAGCAGCAAAUAAACCACAAACAAUUCUAACAAGAAAGACGCAACGCAAGAGACUCCCCAGCAUGAUGCACGUCUAAUCCACAUAUUUAACAUAUAUAUAAACACACAUAGUCACAUAAUCCAUAACAAGACAAUGUAUACAAGACAUAGCACAUACUUUUCAUAGGACAUUUGUAGUUGCAAUGCCGCCAAGUCGCUGCCGCUGCCAGGCGUGUACAAGUUUUAGAAGCUAAACAGUUUUCGAUUGUAUAAUUAUUAUUGUACUAUUUUUAGUGUAAUUGGGCCUGCAAUAGACUAACAGUAUUUUGUUUUAGAUGAUGCAGAGAUGACAGCUUGCUUCGAACCAAAUUCGUGACCAAACUUGUUUGUUAUAUAAUUUUUAUGGCAUUUUGUACAGUUUUUAUUUUAAUCAAAUAUUACUUUUUUUUUAAUUUCGAUAUAUAAAACUAACAUACGCUUUACAUA